AUGGGAUCCACCCCACCGGAGACCGACCGACAGGUGGCAGCUGACCCUCCCCUGGAAACGAUAAAAGAGACGAAUAGUCCUCCUGAACAGCAUGCGGGCCGGAAGUCUUCAGAGGCAAAGGAGCCAACUCCGCUUAAAUUUCCACACCAGAGCGAUGACGGCGCGAUCAUCGAGCACGAUAGACGUCCACAAGGCAGUGGUCCACCCGCGCAUCGCCCAGAUCUGCCGGUCACGUCCGGUUCGUGGAGGAAUAUCAUGAGACGACAGCCGACCGAGACGAGGAGCUUGUCAUAUAGGUCCCAGCCUCCGGAGCCACAACUGGUCAGAAAUGGGCCGAGUUCAAACACAAUCACACAAUGGCCAUCCCAUUCUCUAGCCGGACCAGGCUCAACUACCUACCAGCCUGCCUCCGACCGAGUCUACAUUGAUCCAGAUUAUCAGGAUCUGAACCCUCGGUAUGGCCACAAUAAUGACACACCCCUGUGGGGUUUGGCAAAGCCUCUACCCCGAGUGGUGAGACCAGGUAUGCGACGUGAUCAGAGUCAGGUCAAGAAGGUGUCUGCAAGUGUUCCCAACGGCCAGACACAACCCGCCCCAGAACUGGGUGCAACUCCGGGCCUCCCUUCGGAACAGUCAGCGGAAAUCUUAGGAUCAGGCUCUGCAGCACACCACGACAUGAUACCGCACGAACGAGUCGUGCAAGGCCCUCAACCGGACGGACUUCUUAGACCAGUACAGUCGGAAAUCAGCUACGACCACAACAGUCAUGUCCAUGAUGACCAUCGAGAUGAGCCGCCCUCGGAGGAGUUUGUAAAUAGAUGGGCAAAGUAUCGCCAUAUAUUGAAAGAGCCCCUUGCCGAAUGGUUAGCUACAUGUUUCGCCAUCUUCAUCGGGCUAACAGGUACACUCGCGGUUUCUACUGGUGGAACCAAGGCAGGAAAUCGUCUCUCGGAGAAUUGGUCCUGGGGCUUGGGAUUCAUGAUUGGCAUCUAUCUGGCAGGUGGAAUUUCAGGUGCUCAUCUGAAUCCGGGCAUCUCCAUCGCACUAUGGGUCUUUCGUGGUUUCCCAGGUCGCCGAUGCUGCUAUUACAUUAUUGCUCAAAUACUUGGCGCUAUCACAGCAGCAGGCCUGGCAUAUUGUUUGUACAGAGAUGCGAUUUUGACUCUUGCUCCCGAGGUGGCCGCGGGGUCCACGGGCUUAGGAUUCUUCACCGAGCCACAAGACUACGUUCGCCCCGUGACUGCAUUUUUCACUGAAUUCGUGGCAGAUGCAAUUUUGCUCUGUGUGAUCUUCGCGAUGGGAGACGAUGGCAAUGCUCCACCGGGUGCGGGAAUGCACUCUUUCAUCAUCGGCUUGGUCAUCUAUGUUCUAUGCAUUUGCCUAGGCUAUAGCACCGGGGGGUGUUUGAACCCUGUUCGGGAUUUUGGCCCGCGACUGGUUGCCUUCAUGGUCGGCUACGGACCAGAAACUUUCACAGGCCACAGUGGCUGGUGGUUUUGGGGCGGCUGGGUCGCCACCAUCACCGGAGCGUUGACCGGCGCAACUCUUUACGACACUUUCAUCUUUAUUGGAGGUGAAUCACCCAUCAACUACCCCCGCCGACGGAGAAAGAGGGCAAAGAUGAAGAAGGAGAGUAAAUGGCGUCGUCGACUUGGAAUCGGAAAAAGGAAACUUCCUUCGCUUGAAGAAGGCAUCAAAAACCUUGAGGAUUGA